AGCAAAAUUCUCAACCCAUUCUAUCUUCUAAGCCUAGUUCUAUCACAAAGAUAACAAAGUCCCCUUUUCACAAUGAUCAUUCAACUUCAUCAACAAAAAACUCCUUUGCUAUUUUAGAUCCCACUACCCCACUCCCAGCCAAUCAAGAUUUAAAUAUUUUUUUAUGGGAAGCAAUGAUGAGAAUAAUCUUGAAAAAGAACCUGAAAAACCCAAAUCUUCUUCAGUCACCUUUUCCUCUACACACGCUUCCCCUAUUUCUCCAUCUUCUCCCUCAAAAGACCCUUUUUUCCAUUUGACAAUGAGCAACUCGGCAUAAACAAUGGAAAUCCAAGCUAACUCUUUGACUUCCCCUAUUUUAAACCCAAUUUCACAGACUUCAAUCUCACAGAACAAUUUAAACACAGAAAAAACACCAACAAUGGAGAAAAACAAAACCAAGUUAACCCCAAUUCGCCCACCUCGGCGUUCGAUAAGAAUCAAUCGGAACACAGCACCACGACAACAAUCCCUGUCAUCAUUUCCCCUUUCAAUUCCAUCACCGAUAGCCAACAGCAGACCCCUUGUCACUCUGGCACAACCUCUUUUGAUGAGGAUGUCGUUCACCCCAUUCCCGCAUCCACCCCCUCUGUCGAAUCAAUUUCCGUACAACAAUCGAAUGACUCCAUCUCACAUCGAAAAUUUAGUUCAAACCCCUCCAUUACCACCUCCAACCAACCCUCUGACGACGCCACUGCUAUGGUCGUCGAUCGAGACGCCUCCCAACCCAGCCAAGAUUAAAUUGAUGUACAACACUUUUCUACAAAUUUCCAAGAUGAUGGAAAAUCAAAUUUCCCAACCAAUCCCCCAACCCAUUCUGAAUCCUCCAACUCCCAAUCAUCAAACCCUUUGUCCUUAGUUUCAACAACAAGUUGCUUGGUCAAAUUACCAGAAUCACGUGCUAAUCCCACCUCCUCUUAACCCCUAAAUAAUCCAUCUCUCAUCGGAAAACAUAGAACAAGAUCUAGAAAACCCAAAUCACCAUAUGAAAAUAUUCAUGAUCAAAAAAGGAGUGUUGGGUCUUCAAGUAGAAGUCAACUUUUGGGAGACGCUUAACACGAUCAGGGAACUAAAUUUAAUGGUUCUCCCUCUGAAGAUUCACGACAUUGUAUUGAUGGACCGACAGAUGACUUGGUCGGAUUGGGAUAAAUUUGAUCCCCUGUUCUGUAAUGGUUUCCCUCCUUCGGAAUUUCCUGAUUUAAAUAUGAAAAUUGUCAUGUGGAAUGUAAGGGGUGCAUUCAGAAAUGAGUUUAUCCCACAUGCAUGGGAUGUUAUUGUUGCUCAUAAACUGAGCAUUUUCAUUAUCCUCGAAACUAAAAGUGAUGGUACUCGCUAUACAAGGGUUUCCAAACUCCUUGGUUUUGAUAAAUUUGAAUUCAUCAAACCAAAUGGGCUUAGGGGUGGCAUUUGGCUCAUGUAUAACAACAAUGUCCAGUUGAUCGACUAUGUUGAGGGUCAUACAAGGAACUAUUUUCACGCUCUUUUUAAGUUCAGUCCUGACAGUAAAGAGGUUCUCCUUGCAGCAGUUCAUGCUCCUUCCUCUCCUGCUGAAAGACACCGUCUUUGGAACGAAUUACAAGCCUCCCUUCCUCCUGAUAAUACCCCUUGGUUGUUUUUAGGGGAUUUAAACGAGGUUACUAAUCCUUUUGAAAAAUCAGGAGGCUUGAAGUUCAGGCAAUCUCAGUGUUCAGACUUGAAAAAACUUGCUGAAGUUGCAUGUUUGGUGGAUUUAGGAUUCUCUGGUAACCCAUUCACGUGGCAUAAUGCGAGAGAGGGGCUUGAUCUUAUUCAAGAACGAUUGGACAGGGCUCUAGGAAAUCCGAACUGGCUGAAUACCUAUCCAAACACUCAGGCAACUUUGGAUCGACCUUGCUCUUCUAGCAAUCAAGUUUCUAGGAUGUGGGCUCCUCCUCAUAAGGGCUACCACAAGUUAAACACAUAUGGUUCUUGGAUAAAUGUUGAUAAUGCAGGAGGUGGUGGUGUGAUCAGAUGUGAAAAAGGUCUCUGGAUUAUUGGUUUUGCAAUGAAAUUCAAUGCUCUAACAGCAGCUUCAGCAGAGCUAUUGGCUAUAAGAUAAGGCUUAUUGACAGCUUGGGAUAAGAAAAUCAAGUUCCUGGAACUUGAAAUUGAUGCUGAUGCCUUGACAAAGAAGCUGAAGGACCCUAAGCUGUAUGAAGACAGUGACCUGGGUAAUGUGAUAAGAGAUGUUGCUUCUCUUCUGCAGAGGGAUUGGACAGUAACCAUCUUUCAUGCAAGCAGAGAAUGAAACUUUGUGGCUGACAGACUUGCUACUAUGGGAAGAACUAAGAUCAAAGUGGGAGAAAGAGUUCCUUUCAGCUACCCUCCUGCUGAAAUUUUUCAUAUUUAUGCAUCUGAAAUUCCAGAAGUUCACCCAGCCUAAUCCUUGCAGCUAUGUCCUUGGCAACAACUUUUGCUUCCUUAUUGUUGCUGCUACUUAGAUCUUCUUUAGUUUUCUUUGAAAACUUUCUUAAUGCGUUAGGUUGUACUUUCUUUCGAAUAGCUCUGAGUUGUAUGUGUUUGCACUCAGACUAUAUCUUUUGUUCAGGUAACUAUGAGAAGCUGCAAAGCUCUCUAACUAUCCUGUAUGCUUUGAUGAUUUUAAUCAUCAUCAUUCCUAUCAUGUGAUAUAAUAUUAUGAUCCUAUUUGCGUUAAAAAA